GGGCGAAAUGUUUAGUCAAAACCCGUACGAGUCACACGUCGACGUCGCCGUAUCUGCAGCUUCAGCUAAUCUCCGGAAUAUGACAAACGAACAAUUAAUUUCGUUGCUAGACGAUGAUGCCCUUUUAGAAUCGAUUAUUGUCAAUCUCCCGCAGGUCCGCUCAAUGCCGACUGAUAAGGAAUCAGCUCUUGCCGCAAAUAAAUCAUUAGCAGAAUGGAAUUUAGCUCAAAAGCCGAGAAUCGAUGCUGCCAAAACGCAAACGGUUGAUCUCUACGACCAAGUAAAAAAGCUCCAAGGAGAAGUUGCCGUGCUGAAAAGUCAAUUGGACUCUGUUUCCUCAUCAAAAUCACUUGAUACAACAUCGAGCUUGAUGCAAGUCGCCGCACAAGAAGCUGAUGAUGAUGCAGAAGCCCUAUUCACACAAUUUGAAAAUGGAGAAAUAUCCGUGGAAAUUUUCCUGAAGCAAUUCAAAGAUAAGAAGACAAUUGCUCAUCUACGAAAAAUCAAGUCUGACCGUCUCGCAGCACUUCUUCGUGAACAAACGUAUUCUUCAUAUGCUCAACCAACUGUACCUCCUCCAAUGCCACACGCUCAGCCUGGAUACCCAACAGGAAAUCACAUGCCUGGAAUAGGAAAUAUUCAAUUCGGAUCUGGCUAUUCAGGAUAUCCAAAUAUUUCUCAACCUUCUGCUGGUCGUCAUCCAUUUUUCUGAAUUCUUUCGCUCGCUUUUAUAGAUUCUUUAAUUCUUUUCCGACAAACUGGUCAUCGCUUGUAAAUAUUUGAAAAAAUAAAUUAAUCAUCUUGAAU